AUGAGCACCACUCCUCCAAACGCAGAGGGCCCGCAGGGCGUCGUCAUCCUCGAGCUCGGCGGCGUGCGCGCCGUGCAGAUGUAUGAGGGCGAGCAGGAUGAGCUGGCCAGCGGUCAGCUGCAGGUGCUCAUCGUGCAAGUCAACACGGCCGACCCGGCGAAGUCGCCGCGCAUGAGCGCCAAGCGCGCCGAGCCUGAUCCGACCACCGACGUCUGGCUCGUCCUCUCCAUCGGCUCGGCCUUUGCUCUUCCCGUCAAAUCGUCCCAAGUAGUGCAGCCCGAGCGCUCUUCAUCUUCCUACGUCUUCCCUUCAUCGGACGUGCCCGGCGCCUCCAUCAAGCUCUUCGUGCCCGUCUCCGACCCCAACGUCUCCGCAUUCGAGAACACGCUGGCGCAAUACUGCGCCUUCCAGUCGGACGAUCGCAGCGAUGCGGGUCAGAUUGAGCUCAUCGAUGAGUCUGGCGCUGUGCUCGGCACACUCGACGGCGGCUACACCUUCCGCGAGGACCCGACGCUGCGGCGAAAGGGGCACGAGAAGGACCCAGUGCUCGUCGAUCUGGAGGAGCUGGAGCCGAGCGAGAUCGAGAGCGCAGCUGUGCAGCAGGGCAAGCAGUACAAGGAGGUGGGAGUGCGCCCGGUGCCGGGUGCGGACAGUGACGACUGGCUGCUCAAGGGCGCUUCGUUCAUCUCGAGAGGCCUCAUUCAAGGCUCGACGUUCUUGGGCGCCAAGAUGAACAGCGCGGCAGAUGCUUACAUCGAGAAGUCACGCUCCGCAAGUCCCGUCGGCGGCUACAUCGACGAUGGCAAGCGAGGUUCGGACGCUGCGUCCAUCGCGUCGACAGCGACGACUGGCAGUGGCAAGCGGCCGCUGACUUUCAGCAAGAACACGCAUGCCGCAGCUGGACAAGCGCACAAGUGGACCGGCAAGGCCGUGAAGCUGUCGCACAGCACCACAACGGCUGUCCUCUCCGCCGCCUCAGGUAUGGGCGCCACGAUCGGACAGCGCACUGGCAUUCAGGCCAAGCCGCGCGCCGACGGCACGCCCGGUCCGCCGCCCAAGGGCCUGCGCGGCGUGAUCAACCGCGGCCUCAUCGCUGCCAACAUCGUCCUCGAGGGCGCAGAGCAGAGCGCCGAACGUCUGCUGACGGACGGAGGCAACUCGGCUGGCAAGGCCAUCGAGCACCGCUUCGGCACGGAGGCCAAGGUCGUCUCGGGCCAGGUGGGCAGCAUCGGCAAGGGCAUCUUCAUGGUCUACAAGGACGUCUCCGGCGUCCGUCGCAAGUGCCUUCUGCACGUCGCAAAAGGCACCAUGGUGCGCGCUCGCACCGACGAUGGCCGCGAGGUCAUUCUGCAACUCGACGCCGAUGGCAAGCCGAGCACCAGUGGACAAGCAUCGCCUUCCAGCGCCGGCUUCGCUUCGUCGUCAUCGAGCGGCGGCAACCCGUACGCUGCUGGGGCGCAACCGCCGCAGCAACGACAGUACAACGAGAAGAGCGCGAGUGCAUUCGGACAGGGACCGGUGCGGUAG